GAAUAAACAAAAGGCUUCCCGAAUCAAAUCAAAUCAAAAUUUAUUUAUUGUCGGUAUGAGAAUAACAAAGGACAUCGUUCCACGAACCCUGGGGAAGUUUAAAAACUCAAAAUACAACACGACAACAAACAAACGCCCGAAUUCAAAUACAAUCCGAACCUGGAUUUUCCAAACAAGUUUAACAACGUUCAGUUUUUAAAUAGGUAACGUCGCGAAAUCAAAUUACAAAUUCUAAACGAGCACUUUCAAACGAUUAAAUGUCACGCAACGCGGUUCUCUUAAACUGCAACGUAGUCUCUGGUCAACAACAGCUGUUUUAUAGUAUGUAAGCUUUGGUCAGUAUAAAAUACUGACGAGAAUAAAAUUCUCUGGACUCUCUAAAAACCCUUGUUAAACAAGUUCAAAACAGAAAGGGAGAUCACCACCACUUACUAUAGCCUAUCCUCUCCCCUGAUUCAAGAUCAGUGUUCUGAUUGGCCAAAAUGAUUUGGGCGACCGUGGACCAACAGGCCUCUGCAGAGAUAAACUUUAGGGCGUAGAAGGAAGUAGGACAGUAAUAGUGUUUUAUUGUUUUAUUUGGAUAUCAGUUGGUGUUCAUAUAUAUAUAUAAUGUGGCAACGUAAUAAAGCAAGAAAAUAUAAUUGUCUAUAAUUUCAUUUUUUAUGUAAAAGAUAUUGAAAGUAUAUAUUAAACGUACAGACAGUGUUUUUCAAAUCGAAAGUGGAAACAGGUUCAAACACAAUUUAACAAUGGCUUCUAAAAGACUUGUGGAUUCAAACCGAGACAAUGCAGGCGACUUUAUUGGAGAAAGUGCUGUGACACAAUCAUGCGAGCCCUGUAUGAAAACCAACAUAUCAAAAACUGCUACGGUUUUCUGCAAGGAUUGUGAUGAAUACCUGUGCGAUACGUGCAAAAAUCCGCACACGGUCUAUAAACCAGGUCAGCAUAACAUUGUCAAUUCACAGGGCAGUAAAUCUUCGUCCGUAAUACUCGACAUGAAAGGAAUGGACAAGUGCCAUGAACAUGCACGAGAAAUAGAGUUUUUCUGCCAGGAUCAUUCUAAGCUUUGCUGUCUUUCAUGUGUUCUCAUUCACCGGAAAUGUGACCAAUUGGAUGAAAUAGUCAAAGUAUCCAGACAAACACGACCCGAGCUUCAAGCAUUAAAACAUUCAUUGAUAAAAUUGCAAUCCGAGGCUGACGAUUUUUUAGCGGAUUGUAAGCAGUCGGAGACUGGCUUAAAUGAGUCUAUUGCAAAGAUUUCUUCAGAGGUGGAUACGAUGAAAGAUCGUAUCAUAAAAUUGUUUGAAGAAGCAAAGCAGAAAUUAAUAAGUGAGGCAAAACAAUUUAAAAUUGCGGACGUCAAACGAAUUGGGAAUAAACGUGACGCCUCGCUCAAAGUUAAGGAAGAACUAAAUAAGGUAUUGUCGAUGUGCUGUGUCGUUUUAGACAGCGGGACGCCCAGUCAACAGUAUAUUUAUUCAGAAUUAAUGAAGGAGAAACGGAAAACUAUCGAAUCAACUAUGGAUGACCAAAGAAAGAUUAAAUUCUUAUCAACAAUGACAGUGUCUUUUCCAAAACAGGUUACUUCCCUUCUUGAGAUGGGAAGCAAUUCUAUAAAACUGAAUUGUGUAGGCAACAAGACAGAUGAUGAUGAUGAUGGCGGCGGUGACAAGGACGACGAUGAUGAUGAUGAUGAUGAUGAUGAAGGCAACGACGACGAGGACGACGAUGGUGAUGAUGAUGAUGAAGGCAACGACGACGAGGACGACGAUGAUGAUGAUGAUGAUGAAGGCAACGACGACGAGGACGACGAUGUGGAAACCAGUCCCAUCAGCUUAUCAUCCCAACCAAGGCCACUCAUCCUGGAGCAGCUCGUGUCCGUGGAUCUACACAAGACUGGAGAUGAUGAGAGGGAGCCUGACCUCAGUGGACUGGACUUCCUGCCUGACGGGAGACUGGUAGCCGUGGAUAACAACAACAUGAAAUGUAUCAUACUGAAUGAGCGACUACAGAGACUUGGAACACCGUACAAGUUCGAGUUUUACCCACAAUCCGUAGUAUGUGUGUCUCAUGAUACACUGUGUGUCACGUUUGGUGGUUAUAAAGAAGUAUAUCUCCUGUCUGUGAGUACAGACAAUACCAUCACACUGACCAGGGAGAUCACAACAUCAUCAAAGUUCUACUCUAUAUGCUGCAUGUCUCCAUCUAACAUGGUCGUGAGUACGUGCGAUGAUCCCCGUCCAGUUAGAAUGAUAUCAGUGGACGGGGUAGAGUCAGAUUUUGAUCACUCCCUGACGUUUCCUAUGAAGACGUACAAACUAGGUGAGAGUAGAUGCACGUAUGUCCAGUCUAAGAACACGUUAGUACUGACUGACCAACACGCUCACACAGUGUACGUGUACGACACUGUGAAUGGCACAUCUAGAGCAGUCACUAAUGAGAACAUACAGAAUCCAUUAGGAGCCUGUGUGGGGCCUGGUGACACGGUGCUGGUGUGUAGUGGAAAUAAGCAAUCAAUCGUACACCUGACCAUCCACGGUAAAAUACUCGGUACAUACCCAUUGGAUAUGAGGUACCCGAAAAGCAUAUGUGUGUCUAAGGAUGGCACCAGGCUGGUGGUGUCUAACACCAAUCAAGUCGUCAAGAAACUUCAAUUGUAUAAGAUAUCACCGGCAAUGAGUUAGCUGACUAGUAAGAUGUAAAUGUCAUUCAUGUGAUCAGGCUUUCUACACAGUUGUGUUAAACAACUCGGAAUACUAUUCCAAUUAAUUAAAAUUAAAUAAAGUUGUAAUAAGGUUUUGAAGAAUUUCAAAAGAUUCCGAACUACCAACGUAUUUUGCAUGUAUUAUAAUGUAAUAUUUGCUUUAUACCUACCUUCAAUAACUAUUUUAGUGUAUAUUUGAAGACAUUUAAAUAUAUUGUGUAUGUUAUUCUAUUCAAAUUCGCAUGUUAUGCAACAUAACCGGUGUGUACGGUAGUUAGGCGCGUUAAAUAUUUGUAAAUGUAUGUUAAUUUUUGAAAAUAAUAACUAUAACUGAACAUUGCUAAGCAUAUGUUUUCUUAAUGCCAUAAACAAUUUGCGUUCAUUUAAAAUAAUGCUUGUUUUUGUUAAGCCUACAUACGCAACAAGAUUUAUAUUUAUCAACAAAUUCGACUAGAUCAUGUAUUCCCAGCCUGUCACCUCUGCCUGCCAAUAGUCUAAUAGCCCCGUCACACCGGACUGACGUCCUUACGGCGACCUAAGACUGUGUUUCUGAAAAUUUCUGACUGUCUUAGUAAGGACGCCAAUGACUUUUUCGAUAAAAAUGCUGUUUUUCGCCUUCCCGUCACACCAGCGUCCUGGUUAAUGGCAUUCUGCGCGUCCUCAUGGGGUCCUUAAUCCGUCCCUAGCGACCUUACCGCGUUCGUACUGCGUCCUUACGGCGACCAACGCCGACCAUACGGCGUCUGAGCGGCGUCCUUGGCAUUCUUACUGCGUUCUUAUUGCGACCAUAGUCGUUCUGAGGACGCAAUAGACGUACAAAGGACGUACUAAUGUCGCAAUAAAGUCGCCGUUCGGUCGCCUUGCAGUCAAUGAUCAUUGUCUGUGGGUUUUAGCGGCGACCACACGACGUCCAUGGCGACCUUACAGCGACCCUACCACGUCCCUAAUACGACUACUGCGUCUCUACGGCGUCCCUACGAUGUCCUUUACAGAACGCCGUAAAACGCCGGACUUCGGCGACUACUUUGAACUUGUUCAAAGUAGUCGCCGUGGGCUCGCGUCCUGAGCAAUUUUCGCCAUUCUCACUGCGUCCUCUUGCGUCCUUACUGCGUUCCUCCGGUGUGUAUGACAUCCUCACUGCGACAUGGGUCGCCGUAAGGACGCAGUAAGGACGCCAGUCCGGUGUGACGGGGGUAUAAGAUGCCUUUUAUCGUUCCAAUGUAGAGGAUACUAAACAAGGCCAUUCAUUUCAGUUACUUUUGUUUGUUUUCAAAUAAAUUAACAAAACGAUUACAUGUAUAUCAAAUGAAUUCUAUAUUAUUUUCUUAAUCUUAGCUUUCUUAUUAUUUUAUUUUAAAAUAAACCAAAAGUUGCAUUCAUGUUUUCGCGAUUUUCAGGUACCGAGAGAGAACGCGCUUUAACUUAAAACCGUCUAAUAUUUAACGUUCUGAUCAGACACAAAUCCAAUUAACGUUCGGAGAAUUAUUGAAUGAGAACUCAAUUAAGGUAUUCAAUCCAUCACACUCCGUAAUAAAUUAUAAUAUUUUCUUGCAUGGCAUACAAAUUUAUAUUCAUUCACAAAAUGUCAGAUUUUACCGUUUCGUUUUUUUAUAUACCAUGUUAAUUACCAUACCCCCUUUGUUGCUGCAAGCAGGAAACAUUUAAAUUGAUUAUAAGUGUACAUUUUUGAAUGGUAAAUUAGACGUAUAUAAUACAUAUAUUGACCAAUUUGUCUUCAGUUAAUUAAUAAAGGAAUUAUAUGUACAAAUAUUGCUUAUGAUCUUUUAUUUUGAUGUGAAUUUUCCUGAUUUUGUAAUUGAAAGCCAUAAACAUAAUAUCAUAAAUGUGUUAUUUUACGCAUGUUUUAAAAUAAACCGUAUUUCUUUUAUAUUAUCUUUUUUUUAAUUGGAUGCGAAAAAGAAAUGUUCAUUACUUUAUUCUAAUUAAAAUAAUGAAGGAAAGUCAUGUAUGCGAACAAAAUCAACGAUAUUCCCAUAUAUCUUUUUACAAUGUUAAGCACGAUGCAACCACACCCGCACGUGGUACAGAAGUCUUAGAUCGUCGUAGAUGGAUGAUUUUCAAUGCCUCUUUGUUGUAAAUAUAUUAAACCUUAAUUGAUAUCUUCAGCCGUUGUUUGAGAAAGUAAAUUUACAAACGUGUCGCGAUACAAGUGCGAUUGAGUGUUUAGCAAAACAUUCAAUGUACCGUGUGAUUUUGAUUAUAUUUUUAUAUAUACUCCAGUAUAUUUUGAUGACAUAUUUCAAUUACAUGUAUACAAUGAUUCAAUAAAACAUGCUUAAUGCUAAGGAAA